AUGACUAUUACCCUUGACGACGUUAGGGGUCUUUUGAGCAUACCAUGUUAUGAAGAGUUUUUCACACCUCCCGCUAAUGUCAAUAAAGAUUUGGCAAUUGCUGCUGCUGUUGAGUUAUUGGGAGUUGCUUAUGAUGAAGCUGUAACUGAAACUAGGACCAAUAGAGGUGCCUCAUAUAGUUUUGAGUGGUUGAAAGCUGUAUUUUUCAAGCAACGUUGUGAUGAACGAUAUGACUGUGCAACGAGGGCAUACCUACUUCAUUUGGUAGGGUGUUCCAUUCUAGCUGAUAAAAGUUUUACCCUUGUAUCUGCAAAAUAUCUGUUUCUGUUUCAAGACCUUGAUACUUGUGGUAAAUGGGCAUGGGGACCAGCUGCACUUGUUGUUUUAUAUGACUAUCUUAGAGAUAAUACAUUGCCUGCAACGGAACAUAUUGGAGGAUAUUUAUCUCUAUUGCAGCAUUUUCCUGACAUUUGUAAACAAGGUAUGGAUGAGCCUAUAUCUUCAAUGUCACAGAUGUUUCAAUGGACUGCAAAACAAACAUCUGGGAGUGCUGCAUACUACAGAGCAAAGCUGGAUGCUUUGAGGGAUACUGAUAUUAUCUAG